AUGGAGGCGAGCUCCUUGAGCGCAGCGGAUCGUGAGUGGCAGCAGCUGCAGCAGCUGCAGCAGCUGCAGCAGCACGUGCAGCGGGAAGAUGCUGCGUCUGCUGCUGCUGAAGGCUGCAAGAAGCAGCAGCUGCUGCUGCAGGUGAAGCGGCAGCUGCAGCAGCGGCAGCUGCCGCUGCAGCAGCUGCUGCAGUGCGUACACGACUUGGGCCAUCUGCUGUUUGCUGCUGGGGCUGCUGCCUUUCGCCGCGGGGGGCCCCCGCUGCUGCUGCUGCGGGAUAGCCAGGCAGCAGCAACGGAGCAGCAGCAGCUGCUGCAGCAGCGCCUGGAGCUGCUGCAGCAGGAAGAGUCCAGCAGCGCAGCACAGGGAACAGCGCGGCCCGCCCCUGCUGCUGCAGCAGCAGCAGCAGCAGCUGCUGCUGCUGCUGACAAGACUCCGUGUCCUUACAGCUUAGUGGGCGGCUCUAUACCUUCUCAGUGCUUCGUGCUGCUGCUGGAUUUGCUGCUGCAGCAGCAGCACGUGUUGGUGAGGGCUGGGGUGUACAGGCAGCUGCACCGCUGCAGCCACCUGCUGCCUGCGCUGCUGCUGCCGACGCAAGAUGCUGCUGCUGCUCUGGUGCGGCAGCAGCUGCUGCUGCUGCUGCAGCAGCAGCAGCACCCCCAAGUCAGGCUCAUAGGACUCGCGCUGCUGCGGAAGGCCCCUGCCCUCGUGCUGCAGGAGCCCCAUUUGCUGUGGCUGCUGCUGCAGCAUCUCUUUGGCUUCUGGGGAGCAGCGCCACCAGCAGCAGCAGCAGCAGCAGCUGCUGCUGCUGCUGCUGCUGUUGCUGAGGCCAAGUCGCCCCGGGGCAGCCUCACGUCCAGCAGGAGUGCAAGCGACAGCAGCCAUGACGGCAGCAGCAGCAGCAGCAGCAGCAGCAGCAGCAGCGCGAGGAAGCAGCUGUACACGCCCACUGCUGCUGCUACAACGGAAGCUGCUGCUGCUCUUGCUGCUGUUGCUGCUGUUGUCCCUUACCUGCCUGGCGACUUAUGCGUGUCUGUGCUGCGGCUCUCUCUUGCUGCUGUUUUGCCUUCUGCUGCAGCAGAGCAGCAGCAGCAGCUGCUGCAGCAGGCCGCGCAGCUGCAGCGCCACGCAGCCGCACUGGGGGAGGCCGCGCCGGCAGACAGUCUGCUGCAGCUGCUGCAGCAGCAGCAGCAGCAGCUGCUGCUGCAGCAGGGAGAACUGGAGAGCCUCACGCUUCUCUCGCUGCCGCCGCUGUCGCAUCGGCUGUCUCUUCUUGCUGCUGCCUUUGGCUGUGUCUCUCCCCUGAUUCCGGCAGUGGCGGUGUGGGCCCUGAGAGUGCUUUGGGCCCUUGCCAAUAGGUCCGCUGUUUUGCUGCAGCAGCUGCAGCUGCAGCAGCAGCAGCAACAGCAGCAGCAGCAGCAGCAGCAGCAGCAGCAGCAGCAGUUACUGGCUAGUGAAGAGGCGCCGUUUCUCUGCGUCAUCUGCAGCUGCUUGCGAGCAGCUUCACAGCUUGCCCUCACCAGCCCUUUUUUGGCCCCCUUGCAGGUUAGCUGCCUGAGAAGCGUGAUGGCAGGGCCCGAUUUGUUUAAAGGAAGCAGCACUGCGUCAGCAGCAGCAGCAUCGACGGAGCAGGGCCCUUUGUCGGUGGCAGCAGCAGCAGCGCAGCAGCUGCUGCUGCUGCAGCAGCAGCACUUAGUGAUAAUUGCGGGGCCCCACUGCGCCCUUGCCCAUUCUGCGCGUGGAUUGCCAGGACUGCCUGCUGCUGCUCUGUGCUGCUGCUGCUGCUGCUCACCUGCUGCUGCUGAAAGCGCUGCAGCAGGCAGCGGCGCCAGCGAAGCCAGCAGCAGCAGCGGCAGCAGCAGCAGAAGCAACAGCAGCAGCAGCAGCAGCAGCAGCAGCAGCAGCGGCAGCGGCGACUGGAAAAAGCUGCUGAAAGCCCGCCUUGCACGUGCUGCAGCGUCAAGAGGCUCAGGCCGGGAAACUGCAGCCUCAGCAGCAGCAGCUGCUGCUGCUGCUGGUGCAAGUGUGCAGCAGCAACAGCAACAGCAGCAGCAGCAGCAGCACUUGGACCCUCCUGUACCGGUCUCAGCAGCAACAGCAGCAGCAGCAACGCUUUGCCUCAUCUCGGAGGAAGAAGUCGUGGGUUGGCUGCGUCAAGCUGCUGCUGCUGGGGAUGCUGCUGCUGCUGCUGCUCUUUUGGCAAUCCUUAGUGCGGCGCUGCAGCAGCGACCCAGUUGCUCCUGCUGCCGCUGCUGCCGCCACGGCCAGCAGCAGCAGCAGCAGCAGCAGCAGCAGCAGCAACAACAACAGACAGAGCAGCAAAAUGUGGGCUCAGCCCCUCAGCAAACGCAACAAAGUGUGCGGCGGCUGCGACGCAGCUCUAUGAGUGACGCCGUUGCUGCUGCAGCAGCUCCAGCAGCAGCAGCAGCAGGCGUUGCUGCUGCUGCUGCUGCUGCGCCCUCAUCUGCCUCUGCGCCUGCGGCUGGAAGUCCACCGGCGAGAGCUGCAGCAGCAAGUAGUAUCCAGCCAGCCUCUCUUCAAAGCUCAACAAGCCCUGCAGCAGCAGCAGCAGCAGCUGCUGCUGCUGCUGCUGCUGCAGGCACCAUCCACACAGCAGCAGAUGCAAUUUCUACUUUGCUGACUCUCGCGAAGUCGCUGCCUCUCCGUGGCCUUCAGCAACAGCAGCAGCCCAGGCAGCAGCAGCAGCUGCUGCUGCUGCGAAAUGAACAGGACCAGAACCCGUUGGAGCAGCAGCAGCAGCAGCAGCAGCAAACAGAGCAGACGCAGCAGCAAGGGCAGAUGGAAGAGGGCGAGGUGCUGCCUGCUGCAUCUCUGUUUAGCGAUACUCAGCAGCCGCAGCAACAGCAGCAGCAGCAGCAGCAGCACGAACAGCAGCAGCUGCAGCGCCAGCAGCAGCAGCAAAGUGGGCAGUGUAGCGACAGCAGCAAUACAAAGCGCAUGCGAGACGUCGCUAUGCUCCCUAGGUACCCGCCGCCAGCAGCAGCAACAGCAGCAGCAGCGGCAGCUAAUGCCAAAGUGGACAUACCAUCUGCUGCGCGGGCUCUUGUUGAGCUGCGCUGCUGCCUUCUUCCCUUGGAAGGUUUCUGCAGCAGCAGCAGCAGCAGCAGCAAAAGCAGCAGCACCAAAAGCAGCAGUGGCGAAAGUGUGAAUGAUCUGCAGCAGCAGCUGCUGCUGCCACUUGUGAGGUCUCAGCAGCAGCCGCCGCAGGUUCGUGUUCUGGCUGCUAUGGUGGCUUGCCAGCUUGUGGCUCAGCAGCAGCAGCAGCAUCAGCAGCAGCAGCAGCAGCAGCAUCAGCAGCAGCACCCUCCCACAGGCGGUGCGGACAAUGGAAGCAGCAGCAGCAAAAGCGCUGACGAAAUGGCUUUGCUGGUCUUUGACGCACUCAAAGUUUUGCUGCUGUGGCUGCGCAGCAGCAGCAGCAGCAGCAGCAGCAGCAGCAGCAGUUACACCAGCGUCACAAGGGGCCCCACAAGUGUCCACACACCGGAAGGCCAACGGGAGGCCCUCGCUCUCUGCGUUUCUCGGUGUCUUGCUGUUGUCCACAAGCAGCAGCCCCUUCUAGCCAGCCAACUGGCAGAGAGGCUGCUGCCGCCUGCAGAAGCAGCAGCAGCAGCAGCAGCAGCUACAGCAGCAGAAGCGGGCAGCAGCAGUAUCCCUGCUGCUGCUGCUGCUGGCGUUGCUGCACUAGACCAACAGCAAACGGCGCCAGAGCAGCAGUGCCAGCAGCAGCAGCAGCAGCAGCAGCAGCAGCUGCUGCUGCUGCGCACUGUCACUCUGCCUCAAGACGGGUCUCUACCUCUUGCUGCGCUGCCGCUGCUUCCACUGUCUGUGCUGCGCAACUUGCUGCUGCUGCCAGUGGCUGCUGCUGCACCGCCAGGGGCAGCAGCAGCAAGAGCACUGCAGCAGCACCUCAGCGCCUGUCCAGCCUCUUUCACAUCUCUGCAGCAACAGAGUUGCGCCAGAAGCAGCAGCAACAGCAGCAGCAGCAGCAACAGCAGCAGCAGCAGCAGCAGCAGCAAGUUGUUAGUCCUGCUAGAUCUGCAAUCUCCCACGCUGGCGAGGCACUUCAAAAGCUGCUUCGCGCCGGCCCUUCAGGGGCCCCGCUGCUUUGUGCUGCUGCAGCAGCAGCAGCAGCACUUCAACGGCUGCGUCUCCUGGAGCUUGAGGACAGCAGCAGCAGCAGCAGCAACAGUGCAGCAGCAGCAAGAAGCCGCUGAAGCUGUGCAGCAGCACUUCGAGUGGAUACGCACUUACCGCUCAGCGCUGCUGCUCAUGCUGCAGCAGCUGCUGCUGCAGCACAGGCUUCUCCGGGCAGCAGCAGCUGCCGACGCGCCCAAGCCUACAGCAGCAGCAGCAGCAGCAAUUGCUGCUGCUGCUGCUACUGUUCAUUCAGGCCAAAUGCCCCUUAAUGUCGUGUACAGGGCAGCAAUUUGUGCUGCUGUUACGGGGCUGCAGCACUCUGCUGCUGCUGCUGCGCUGCAUGCAGUGGCCCGCAGUGCUGCUGCUGCUGCUUCGCAGUCGUGGCUGGGGGCAGUGGCCCUUGCUGUUGAGGCUGAGGCGGCUGCUGCUGGGCUGAAAGCAGCAGCAGCAGCAGCAGCGGCAGCUGCUGCUGCUGCUGCAGAGACAACAGCAACAACAGCAAGUGAGGAGCUGGUUUCCGCUCUUGCUGCUGCGGUGCGCCGCGCCCACUGUUGCUGGAGGGACUGUUUGCUGCUGCUGCAGCAGCACCGCAGCAGCAGACGCAUGCAGCAGCCGCGCAGCUGCAGCAGCCCCCCGCCUUUGCCGCCCUUAGCAGCUUUCGUCAAGGGCCGCAUGCAGCUGCUUUCUCUGCUGCACUCCUUUGCUGCUUUCGCACUCGAGGGGCUACGCCAUGCAGCCAGCAGCAGCAGCAGCAGCAGCAGCAGCAGCAGCAGCGAGGGUCCGCGGUGCUCGCAGGCAGCAAACGGCGGUCCUGAGUUUGCUUCAGAGCCAAAGAGUGCCCCUGAGGCCGCUGCUGCUGCUGCUGCUGCUGCUGCUGCUGCUGCUGCUGCUGUUACUGAUGAUGUCUUUUCUGCCCGCUGCCGAGAGCUGCAGAACUUGCGGGAGGCAGCUAAGACGGCUUUGUACUCCUUUCAGAGCCAGCUGCAGCUGAUGCGCAGCUGCUGCCAAACCACGAAGCGGCUGCUGCUGCUGCAGUGCUGCUGCUGCCGCACAGCUCUGCUGCUGGCGUCCUUUUGUUUGCUGCGCGUGCUUCUCUGGAAACAGAAGCAGCUCAAGCGGCAGCAGCAGCUGCAGCAGCAGCUGCAGCAGCAAGGGGGCCACAGGGACAAGCUCGCAAGCGCGAUUGCCUCCAGCAGCAGCAGCAGCAGCAGCAGCAGCAGCGAAGACAGUGCCUCGCUGCUGCUGCAGGCCAUUGGCGAGCUAGACACAGUAAUAGAAGGGCUGCAGCAAGGCCUCCAGGGCAUCAGCAGCAGCAAUGCUGCUGCUGUUGACCUGCGGGGUCUGUGGCUGUGCGCGUGUGCUGCUGCUCCUGCUGCAGCAAAGCAGCACUUCCUGGCAGCAGUACGCAGCAGCAGCAGCAGCAGCCGCUGCAGAAGGAGCAGCACAGGCGGAGCAGAAAAGCCCAGUGAACUGCCCAAAGCUGGCAGCAGCAGCUGCGAUGGCAGCAGCAGCAGCAGCAGCAGCAGCAGCAGCAGCAGCUGCGCUGCCUCUGCAGCCAAAACACCAGCGAGGCCUUACUACUUCUAUGAAGAGCUGCUGCCGCUGCUGACGUGGCGGCAGCUGCCAGACCCAGCAACCAAGAAAGCAGCAGCAGCAGCAGCAGCAGCAGCAGCAGCAGCAGCAGCAGACCAGGAAGAAGAUCCAACAAAAGGACUUCCUGCAUCCCUUCUGCGAUGGCUGCUGCUGCUGCUGCAGCAGCUUGCCUGCUGCAGCUGGCCGUUGCCUCCCCGCAUAUUUUCUGCUGCUCCGCUUCCUUGGGUUGCUGCUCAGGCAGUCGUGGAGGGAGACCCGCUGCUGCUGCAGCCGCUGCUGCUGCAGCAGCAAACCUUGCAGCAGCAGCAGCAGCAGCAGCAGCAGCAAGGGCUUCUCCCGUGUCUCUCCUCUGUCUCCUUGCUGCAGGCAGCAGCAAGGCGCCUCGACAAUUUGCUGCCAGUCAUUUCCGUCUACGCGGAGCUGCGCGGGGCACCGCCGCUAGCUGCGGCGCUGCAGCCGCUGCACGCCCGCAGCAGCAGCAGCAGCACCGCCACCACCACCCCGCUGCCAGCAGCAGCAGCAGCAGCAGCAGCAGCAGCAGCAGCAGCAGCAGCUUUGGUGGCGUGUCAGUUGCUGCUGCUUGCUUCGCCCCAGGCUGAAACGCUGCAGUCCUGGCAGUGGCUGGAGCUGAUCUUUUCUUUUGCUGAGGGCGGCGCGGAGGCCCGCGAGGAAUUCAUUCGCCCCUGGCGGCCCCACAAAGACCCCAAGCGUGUGGAGUUGCGCCGUUUUUUGGUCCCCGUGAUUCAGCCCUUCGUAGCAUCCAACAACAACAGCAGCAGCAGCAGCAGCAGCAGCAGCAGCAAGCCGAGCGGGAGGGUGGAGGCGCUUCGCUGGGGGCAGCAGGGAGUGGCUGGGCAGUGGCUGGAGUCCCCAGUGGUGCGGCACCGCUGCUGCCUUGCUGCAAGCAGCAGCAGCAGCAGCAGCAGCAGCAGCAGCACGCUGUGCGUGGUGGUGGAGGCGAGGCCUCUUGACGGCAGCCUGAAGCCCCUGGGGGAGGUUUCCCAGACAGGGGUGGUGGCGGACCAGCCGGAGCUGCAGGCCCUCGACCUCUGA